UUUCCUCUCGUCAGUUGUCUAUGCAAUACGCCAGCCUAUUGGGACAUGUUGAGGUGGUGCAAUUCCUAUCUUCAACAGGAGCUAUGCUGGACUCUAAGGAUAAGGUUGGAUGGACUCCUCUAAUAUCUGCUGCAGUUAAUGGAAAGAUUGAUGUUGUCGUGGAAUUGAUAUCUCAUGGAGCUGAUGUUGAUAUUCAAAGUAAUGAUGGAGACUCAGCACUGACUCUAGCAGCCAGUGGUGGUCACACUGAUGUUGUUGUUGAGCUGGUGAAAGUGAGAGCAAAAUUAGACCUUCAGAAUAAGGAUGGAGACUCAGCAUUAAUACUGGCGGUCAGAGGUAGCCCAUAUGUUGCUGUUGUGUUGACACAAUCUGGAGCUAACUUGGACCUACAGAAUAAAGAUGGGGACUCAGCACUGAUAACAGCAGCCAGCGGUGGUCACACUAAUGUUGUGAUAGAGCUGGUAGAAGAAAGAGCCAAGUUGGACCUCCAGAAUGAAGAAGGAGAUUCUGCACUGAUACUAGCAGUAAAAAGUGGCAACACUAAAGUGGCUGUGGAGCUUGUUAAAUCAGGAGCCAAUUUGGAUCUACAGAAUAAUGAGGGAGAUUCUGCACUGAUGCUAGCAGCCAAAAGCGGUGUCGAUGAUGUUGUUAAGAAGUUGGUAGAUGCUGAUGGGAAUUUGGAUCUACAGAAUAUAUAUGGAGAGUCAGCUCUGAUGCUGGCUGUCACAAAUGGUCACAUCAAAGUUUUUGUAGAGUUGAUGAAAGCAGGAGCAAACUUCAACCUACCGAAUCACUAUGGGGACACAGCACUCACUCUAGCAGCCACUGUGGGUCAUACUUUUGUCAAGGAGCUGGUCAGUGGAGCUAAACUGGAUGUCCAGAAUGGAGAUGGGGACUCAGCACUGAUACUAGCAGCCAGAGAUGGUCGUACUGAUGUUGUCAAGGAGUUGACAGAAGCAGGAGCAAAUUUAAGUUUACAGAAUAAUUACGGAGACACAGCAUUGAUGUUAGCAGUCAGUUUUCGCCACAAAGAUAUCGUCGAGGAACUAGUAGAUAAAGGAGCAAAUUUUGACCUACAGAAUCAAGAUGGAGAUUCAGCACUAAUUCUUGCAGUAAGGAGUGGUCACGUCAUAUUUGUUCCAAAAUUAAUAAGGGCAGGAGCCAAUUUGGACCUGCAGAAUAAUGAAGGAGACUCAGCAGUUAUCGUAGCUGUAAUGGAAGAUGAAAAAAAUAUUCUAAGGCAUCUAGUGAGGGCAGGCAGUGACCUGAACCUCCAGAACCAGGAGAACCUCACAGCUAUGAUGAUAGCUUCAAGAGAUGGUAGAACUGAUAUCGUUUACAUUCUAAUGAGGGGAGAACGUAUUGGCCGGGAUAUUCAGCCAGGACGAUAAUAAUAAUAUAACUAUCCCCUCAUUAUUGGUGUAGAGUGUGUUUUUUACAUUGUCAGGUUCUGUUGUG